AUGCACCGUCGCCUCCUAGUGUCUGGUCUUCCCAGGUCUCUCCCUCCCCUCCCUGCCUCGCCUGCGCCGCCCUGCCUUCCUUGCGUUGAGGGGCGGCAGCGCGCCGCUCCUCACUCCUCCUCGUUUCCCCCGACAGAGGCUCCCCUGCAGACCCUCCACCUGGACGUGUGGGGCCCAGCCCGCGUUCGUGGACAGGGCGGCGAGCGGUACUUUCUGCUGGUUGUCGACGACUACUCGCAUUACACCACGGUCUUCCCUUUGCGCACCAAGGGUGAGGUCCCUGCUAUUCUGAUCCCUUGGAUCCGAGCAGUUCGUCUCCAGCUCCGCCGCAAGUUCCAGUCGGACCUGCCUGUCCUGCGUCUGCACUCUGACAGAGGUGGUGAGUUCUCCUCCGACCUCCUGCGAGCCUUCUGUAAGGGGGAGGGCAUCCUCCAGCCGUUCACGCUUCCGGGCUCACCGCAGCAAAAUGGGGUUGCUGAGCGCCGCAUUGGCUUGGUCAUGGAGAUCGCUCGUACCUCCUUGAUCCAUGCGGCGGCUCCCCAUUUUCUGUGGCCGUUUGCGGUCCGGUACGCCGCGCAUCAGCUCAACCUCUGGCCCCAUGUCUCCUUGCCGGACACCUCGCCCACACUGCGUUGGACGGGAGAGGUUGGCGAUGCGUCGCGUUUCCGGGUGUGGGGUGCUCGUGCCCUUGUCCGCGAUACGUCCGCGGACAAGCUCUCCUCCCACACCAUUCCAUGUGUCUUCCUUGGCUUUGUCCCUGACGCGCCUGGCUGGCAGUUUUACCACCCCACCUCGCGCCGUGUCUUCCCCUCUCAGGACGUCACCUUUGACGAGUCGGUUCCUUUCUACCGUCUCUUCCCCGACUGCACUACCCCUCUCCCUCCCCCGCCGCUUUUCCUCGCUCCAGGUCCCCCUCUGCCUAUGGGUGAGGUGCUGGGGGGUGCGGAGCCUGGGGGUGCUGAGCCUGCGAGUGCGGAGCCUGGGGGUGCUGAGCUAGAGGGUACCGGGUCCGAGGGUGCUGAGUCUGCUGGCGUUCCUCCGGGUCGCCCUCUUUCUGCUGCUGGAGCUGCUGGAGCUAGUGGUCGUGGAGAUGUUGGGAGUACUGGUGUUUCUGGUUGUGGACGUGCUCGUACCUGGGGUACUGGAGCUGCCAGAACUGGCGGUACUGCUGGAGCUGGAGGUGCUAGUUCUGGGGGUGCUGAGUCUCCUGGCGGUCCUCCUGGUGCCGCGUCUCGCGCUGCUGGAGGUACUGGUGCUGUAGACUCUGGCGCUGGAGGUACCGGUUCUGGGGGUGCUGCUGCUGGAGGUACUGGGGCUGGAGGCCCUGGAGCUGGUGCUGUCGACUCUGGAGUUGGAGACCCUGGUGAUGGCGGUGCCGGUUCUGGGGGUGCUGCUACUGGAGGUACUGGAGCUGGAGGUGCCGGUUCUGGAGGUGCUGCUGCUGGAGGUACUGAGGCUGGAGACCCUGGAGCUGGAGGUGCCGGUUCUGGGGGUGCUGCUGCUGGAGGUACUGGAGUUCGAGGGCCUGGAGCUGGAGGUGCUGGUUCUGGGGGUGCUGCGACUGGAGGUACUGAGGCGGGAGACCCUGGAGCUGGAGGUUCUUGCGCAGCUGGAGGCGCUGGAGCGGGAAGUUUUGGAGCUGCUAGAGGUGCUGGAGCUGGAGAUUCUGGAGCUGCUGGAGGCGAUGGAGCUGGAGGUUCUGGAGCGGCUGGAGGUGCUGGAGCUGGCGGUUAUGGAGCUGCUGGAGGCGCUGAAGCUGGCGGUUCUGGAGCUGCUGGAGGCGCUGGAGCUGGCAAAUCUGGAGCUGUUGGAAGCGCUGGCGCUACUGGUGCGGGUGACACUGCACAACCGCGUCUGUUCUUCGCUCCGCCGUCACCGUCGUCUCUGCCACCGCCUGACUCCGUGCUUCGCCAGGUUCUUAGCCUCCCGUCUUCUACUGGCCUCCCGUUACAGCCAGGCUCACCACUGCCUGCUCCUUCUCCUUACACUGAGCAGACCGACUCGCUUACAAAGCGUUGUGAGCCUGCGUCUCGUCCUGCCUCGCCUGUUCGCGCGCGUCACACUCGUCGUCGUGUUCCUCGUGAGCGUUCGCCUCCUGUCCCUAGCACGCACGCUAUGGCACUUCGUCCUUCCUCUGUUCCACAGCGUGUUCCCCUGCCGUCUCCUCCUGCGUCUUCUCUGCCUGACGUUCCGGACCCUGAGUCUGACCUGGUUCGUGCUGCUCACCCUACCGUCACUCGUCUGCUCGCCACUGUUGUCACUGACCCGUCGUUUGAGUCUGCUGCUGCGUCUGCCUUAGUCUCUGAGCUUGUUGACUUUGCUGCUGCCUGUUGUCUAGACUACGCUGCUAGUCUUGUUGCUAAGUCUGAGUCUGUCUGUCCUCCGUCCGUCGAGGGUGAGUGUGCUCUUGGCACGGACGUCCUUGAGGACACGCAGGAGGACUUUGAGUGUCUUGCAGCCGCUGCACCUCAUCUCGUGGCCAUGCUGCUUGCCCCUGAGGGAGACCCGGAUGCUCUUGACAUCCCUACCCCGCGCUCUUACGCUGAGGCGAUUGCGGGUCCCUACUCCUCUCAGUGGCAGGCAGCCAUGGACGCAGAGAUGGCAUCCUCGAAGUCCACAGGCACUUACGUUGACGAGGUUCCCCCUCCUGGGGCGAACAUCGUCGAUGGCAUUCAGCGAGAGGGAGUUGACUUCUUCCAGACCUUCUCCCCCACCCCGAAGAUGACCACUCUUCGGGUACUACUGCACGUUGCCGCUCAGCGUGACUACGAGCUUCACUCUCUUGACUUCAGCACAGCGUUCUUGCAGGGCAGCUUGCACGAGGAGAUCUGGCUGCGCCGCCCACCUGGCUUCACUGGGUCGUUCCCUCCUGGUACCCAGUGGAGCCUUCGGCGGCCAGUCUACGGUCUCCGCCAGGCGCCGCGUGAGUGGCACGACACACUGAGGACGACACUUGCGGCUCUUGGGUUUGCUCCUUCGACAGCUGACCCGUCACUGUUUCUGCGCACCGACACUUCGCUGCCGCCGUUCUACAUCCUCGUGUACGUCGACGACUUGGUCUUUGCCACUGCUGACACUGAGGCACUCGCCCUUGUGAAGUCGGAGCUGCAGAAGAGACACACGUGCACAGACGUGGGUGAGCUGCGCAGCUCCCUUGGCUUGCAGAUCAUCCGGGACAGAGCACGCCGCACCAUCACCCUGACUCAGUCACACAUGGUGCAGCAUGUCCUUCAGCGCUUCGGCUUCACUUGGUCCUCGCCACAGUCCACUCCUAUGGCUACGGGUCACUCGCUCUCAGCUCUGCCUUCGGACGAGUCCGUAGAGCCGACUGGCCCAUAUCCUGAGCUUGUGGGCUGCCUCAUGUACUUGAUGACCUGCACUCGACCUGACCUUGCGUACCCUCUUAGCAUCCUGGCUCGCUACGUGGCGCCAGGGAGACACCGGCGAGAGCACUGGGAGGCUGCUAAGAGGGUGUUACGCUACUUGUGCAGUACAUCGGGCAUGGGGCUCGUGCUUGGAGGACGGGGUGACGUUGUCCUCACUGGACACUCGGACGCGUCUUGGGUUGACGACCUGGCUACACAGCGGUCGUCACAGGGUUACACUUUCAGCCUCGGUUCCGGUUUGGUUUCUUGGCAGUCUACCCGCUCGUCUUCUGUUCUCAGCUCCAAUUGUGAGGCUGAGAUCUACGCCACGGCCAUGGCUGCACAGGAGUUACGCUGGCUCACCUACAUGCUGACUGACUUGGGAGAGCGGCCUAGUUCUCCUCCAGUUCUGUACGUCGACAACAAGGCCGCUAUUGCCUUGUGUUAG